AUGGUGGGAGAAGCAGCAGCUGGAGAGAAACGCUUUGCAGCAGCCGGAUCCCCGGAAAGUUUACUUGGAAAUCAGAGAACCCAUACAGGGGAAAAACCUUUUGAGUGCUCAGAGUGUAGAAAGAGAUUCAGUCAGAGUAGCACUCUUCAAAAUCAUCAAAGAAUCCAUACAGGGGAAAAACCUUCUGAGUGCUCAGAGUGUGGAAAGAGAUUCAGUUGGAGUGGCUAUCUUCAAAGUCAUCAGAGAAUCCACACAGGCGGGAAACCUUUUGAAUGCUCAGAGUGCGGAAAGAGAUUCAGUCAGAGUAAAACUUUUCAACAUCAUCAGAGAACCCACACAGGGGAGAAACCUUUUGAAUGCUCAGAGUGUGGAAAGAAAUUCAGUCGGAAUGGCAGUCUUCAACGUCAUCAGAGAACCCACACAGGGGAGAAACCUUUUGAAUGCUCAGAGUGUGGAAAGAGAUUCAGUCGGAGUAGCAGUCUUCAAAAUCAUCAGAUUAUUCACACAGGGGAGAAACCUUUUGAAUGCUCAGAGUGUGGAAAGAGAUUCAGUUGGAGUAGCAGUCUUCAAAGUCAUCAGAUUACCCACACAGGGGAGAAACCUUUUGAAUGCUCAGAGUGUGGAAAGAGAUUCAGUCGGAGUGGCCCUCUUCAAAAUCAUCAGAGAAUCCACACAGGGGAGAAACCUUUUGAAUGCCCAGAGUGUGGAAAGAGAUUUCGUCGGAGUGGCCAUCUUCAACAUCAUCAGAGAAUCCACACAGGGGAGAAACCUUUUGAAUGCUCAGAGUGUGGAAAGAAAUUCAGUCGGAAUGGCAGUCUUCAACGUCAUCAGAGAACCCACACAGGGGAGAAACCUUUUGAAUGCUCAGAGUGUGGAAAGAGAUUCAGUCGGAGUAGCAGUCUUCAAAAUCAUCAGAUUACUCACACAGGGGAGAAACCUUUUGAAUGCUCAGAGUGUGGAAAGAGAUUCAGUUGGAGUAGCAGUCUUCAAAGUCAUCAGAUUACCCACACAGGGGAGAAACCUUUUGAAUGCUCAGAGUGUGGAAAGAGAUUCAGUCGGAGUGGCCCUCUUCAAAAUCAUCAGAGAAUCCACACAGGGGAGAAACCUUUUGAAUGCCCAGAGUGUGGAAAGAGAUUUCGUCGGAGUGGCCAUCUUCAACAUCAUCAGAGAAUCCACACAGGCCAAAAACCUUAUGAAUGCUCAGAGUGUGGAAAGAAAUUCAUUCAGAGUACCAAUCUUCAACGUCAUCAGAGAAUCCACACAGGCGGGAAACCUUUUGAAUGCUCAGAGUGUGGAAAGAGAUUCAGUCAAAGUAGCACUCUUCAACUUCAUCAGAGAAUCCACACAGGGGAAAAACCUUUUGAGUGCUCAGAGUGUGGAAAGAGAUUCAGUCAGAGGAGGAAUCUUCAACAUCUUCAACUUCAUCAGAGAACCCACACAGGGGAGAAACCUUUUGAAUGCUUAGAGUGUGGAAAGAAAUUCAGUGAGAGUGGCAAUCUUCAACGUCAUCAGAGAACCCACACAGGGGAGAAAUCUUUUGAAUGCUCAGAGUGUGGAAAGAGAUUCAGUCGGGGUGGCAGUCUUCAACUUCAUCAGAGAACCCACACAGGGGAGAAACCUUUUGAAUGCUCAGAGUGUGGAAAGAAAUUCAGGGUGAGUGGCAGUCUUCAACGUCAUCAGAGAACCCACACAGGGGAGAAACCUUUUGAAUGCUCAGAGUGUGGAAAGAGAUUCAGUCGGAGUGGCAGCCUUCAACUUCAUCAGAGAACCCACACAGGGGACAGACCUUUUGAAUGCUCAGAGUGUGGAAAGAGAUUCAGUGAGAGUCGCACUCUUCAAUGUCAUCAGAGAACCCACACAGGGGAUAAACCUUUUAAAUGCUCAGAGUGUGGGAAGAAAUUCAGUGAAAGUGGCAAUCUUCAACGUCAUCAGAGAACCCACACAGGGGAGAAACCGUUUGAAUGCUCAGAGUGUGGAAAGAGAUUCCGUCAGAAUGGCGGUCUUCAACUUCAUCAGAGAACCCACACAGGGGAGAGACCUUUUGAAUGCUCAGAGUGUGGAAAAAGAUUCAGUCAGAGUGGCCAUCUUCAGUAUCAUCAGAGAACCCACACAGGGGAGAAACCUUUUGCAUGCUCAGAGUGUGGAAAGAGAUUCAGUGAGAGGAGGCGUCUUGAACAGCAUCAGAGAACACACAGAGGGAGGAAUCGUUAG